GGAAAUUCGCAAAUGUACUGACAACCCUGAAACUUAAAAAUGACGAACACCGAAUGCCGAUCCAUUUGCCCCACGCGAUUUUUUCUUGUGUAAGGUGAUUCGAGUCUGAAAAAGAAAUACAUUGGUGAAUAGAUUGUAAAAAUGUAUAGAAAUAAGAAAGACGUUGAUAAACAUGUGGAGAAUUUGCUAUCUAAAUUGUCCGCUAAAGAGUUUAAUUCGCGAGCUUAUUCUGUAGCUCGACUAUAUUUCGAAGUGGGGGAUUAUUCGAAUUGCCAGAAAUAUGUGGAGCAAUACCUUACUCAAAAAGACAACAACGCUGCGGCGUACAAACUUCUCGGACAAGCUUUGCAGAAACUGGGGCUGAAAGAAAGAGCCCUUGAACAAUACAAAGCAUCUUUAGACAUCGACCCGGCACAAACUAGCACAAUUCUGGACAUUUGUGAGCUUCUUGCUGAUGGUGAAGUCACCAUUGAACCUGGCCGUGCAAAAUACUGGUGUGAAAAAGCUGAAGCAACAUUUCCUAGACAUCCAGUUACAUUUCGCCUACGGGAGAGACUAAUUGCUGCAUCCAACCCAGACCCUGAAGCACUUGUUACCUUACUGCAGUCUGAAUUGGCAAUAAGACCAAGGGAUGCAUUACUUCAUGCUCGCUUGCUGAAACAUUACCUUAGCAUCAACAAAGUUAAAGAAGCUUUUGAACAUGCAUGUGUUGUGGAGUUUGGAGGGAAAACGUUUAGUAACAACUAUGGCUGGUAUGAAAUUCUCAAUGAUCUUCUUAAACAUAACUCUCACAACACCAGUGACUGGCUGUACCAUUUACUUCUCCUUACGGUAAAGGAGCGUAUUUGUUUAUUGAGUAUAACUGAAACACCUAGUGGUUCAUCAAAAAGUCUGAUUGAAUCUAAUGAUCUCCUUCAUGCAUAUGAUCAAGCUAUUGACAGUGUUGCAAAAUUUGGAGCAUCUCCUGGUUUUGGUGAAUUUCAUAGUGCACUGUUACAACACCAUAGAGGUCAAGUGGCUUUUCAUGCUGCCACAUUUUUAUUGAAAAAAGCCAAGAAAGAUCAAAUGAGCUGGCGUGAUGCUACCAAGCUUGCAUCCCCAUUAAUGUUGGUGGCAUGGCAAACGGUUCCCUUAGAUUCAAAAGUAAAUUGGCUUAGAAAUGCUCCUGAAAAACAAACAAUUGCAGUAAAUCGUUGGUAUUCUGAGGGAACUUAUAGAUGUUCCCAGGCUGGCCAUUACUUGCAGGCAAAUAUUCAAGAAAAGAAUCAGUCAUUUUUAGACCAGGUUUCUCAAUGCUACUCUGGAACUCACUGGAGAGACAAACUGUAUAAGAAGAUAUUUUCUAGUAAAAGUCAUUUGGAUAAAAUCAAGUCAUCUUACUUGGCAUCAAAUGCAUUCACUCCACCAGUUCUAAGGCUCCCUAGGAAAGUAGAAGUUGAAUCUUAUGAUGGUGAUGCUCAAAGGGAAUACGGUAGUUCCCUACACCACUUUGUUUGGACAUUGUUAAAUUACAAAAAUUAUGCAAACUUCAAAUGCACACUUUUUGAUAUGCUCACUUACAACGCAACAACUUGUGGACCCGAAACAUUAAACAGAUCAGAUAUACACGCCUUUCUCUACUGUGCAACUUUAACAGCUCAACAGCAAAUAUCCAAGAGAGAAUCUUACUCAACCAAUGAUAAGCCAGCUUCACUUCCAGCAAACAUCACUGACUUACUAUGUCCCCUUACGCAAAUGAAAUGGUGGGACUGUGCAUACAAAUUCAGCCAAAAUGAGCUAGGUACUGAAUUGACAGAUAUAAGGGCUACAUUAAGCCGUGGCAUAGAAGUUGUGCGAUGCAUUGAUAACCAUGGCCUUGACCCAGAACUACUUUGUACUCUUGGACGUAUAUUCAGUGAGAGAGCUAAAAUGUCUACAAACGUCGAUGAAAAAACUCAAUUAGAACUAAGGGCUGGUUUGUACUAUUCUUCAGCUGUACCUUUAUUAGAAAAGUUGAGAAGUAAAAUUGUAGUUAAAUUCCUUGACAAAAGAAUGUUUGAUUACACACACAAAGACCUGGGCACCAAAGAACUCAAUGCAUUGAUUGAGGAAUGUAAGUUAUAUGUGGCAGUCAAUCAUCUUAGUGAAGGUGAAUAUGAUAAAGUAAUUGAAAUUCUUUCCAAUCUCAAAUCACCUCAAGCUUUAUAUCACCUAAGCCAGACUUACAAAAAAAUUGCUUUAGAAGAGAAUAAUUUGUCCAGAGAUUCUGAAUCAAGGUCAAAAUUUGCAGCACUGCUGUCUAAAGCCAAAAUGUUUGCAUACAGAGCUUUAGAUAGGCUCAAGGAGAGUGAAUCCAACAAAAACCAUCCUUUAUACUCUGAUACCCAAGAACUCAUUGAAGACAUUGAAAUCCACAUAAAUAAAAUAGAUUCAGAUUUUUCGGCCGCAAUAAAUGACGGUGACGGCAAGUACUCGUCGGAUGAAAAUGUCUCUGGAGAAAGUGGGCAUUUGCCAAUCCGAGGAAACUCGCAUGUUUUUCGUAAUAUCAGUUCUACACCAAAAGCUGCUUCGAAUGCGAAUGCUACAAACUACAGAACUGCGAUGGACUCCCAAAUACUUGAACAUUCUAGAGUUGAUCAACAAUUUUUCACAAGAAUAGAAAAUGAAAUAAAAAAUUUGCAGAAACGAGAUAGCACCAUUGGUGACUUCAUGGAACAAACAAGAAAUUGGUUUGACGAGAAUCGUAAAUUGGGCAACCAAAUAAUUAGCAGCAUUCAUUCUAAUAUGCAAAAUACGACAGAUCAGUUUAAGUUGCUGAAGAUAUCAGUGGAUCAGGUUAAAGACCAAAUCGAUGAAUGCAGAAAUGAAUGCAAGGAUGUUAGUGAAUUAAAAAAACAGGUAGCAGAGCUCAAGAAGGAAGUUGGCAAACUGAAAAAAGCUUCUUCUGAACAGACCAUUGAUGAUAGCGACUUAUAUAAUUUGGAUGAAGAUUAUAGAACUAAUGAUAGUACAUCAUCAUUUGCAGCCCAGUUACCAUUCACACCAUCACAAGUGAUUCCUCCUUUCAAUCAGAGACUUGUUCCACCUUUCAGUGUGCCACCUAAUCCAUAUCAGUUAUAUAAUCAAAGCUUAUACAACCUGUAUAACCAGUACUCUCAGUUUGCACAGCCCUCGUCAGUGCCAGGAACACAGCCAAUGUUUGAUCCCACAAGAGCUCAAGUAAACUAUCCUGGUGUUUACCCAACACCAGAUCAAAUGUAUUUGGACGUAGCACAUCUUGUACCUCCUAAUGCUCCCGCAGUGCCACCAGUGCCCGCCCCGCCCACGUUGUCAACUGGAUCAGCAAUGCCACCUGUGCCGUCUAUACCUGUGCCACCACCAGUAACAUCAGUUACCAUGUCUAAAACAAUUUCUUCUUCAGAAACUAAAGAAACUUCAAGAUCCUUGCCUGUGAAUGUUGUAAUAACAUCCUCAGACCCACUGCCGACCUGUACAACAACCCCAGCACCAAUCUUGAGUGUGACAAUUCCACCAAAACAUAUUAAAGGCACCCCUCAUAAUUAUCAAAUUCAAUUGCCUUCAACAACUGAAACAAAACCUCCAGUGUUUGUUUUUCCCGCUCAAAAUAAUAAAACUGCAAUUUCGAGUUCUAGUACCGUGAACUGGAAUCAAUCGUCCGUGUUCAAAACGACACCUGUUUGUUCAACUUCCACGUUCAGCUCUUUGCUUAAUCCGACACAAGCAGCUCCAAAAAUUGGAGGAGAUACACUUGACACUUCAACAUCUGCUGUUGAUGGACUGUUUGCUAAUUCGUCUCCAAACACCAGUCUCAAUAAAUCCAGGACCUUAUCAGAGAGGAGCAAUACUUCUGUAGAAAACUAUGACCCAUGUCCAGAUUUUAAACCUAUUGUGCCCCUGCCAGCUGAAGUCAAAGUAACUACUGGUGAAGAAAAUGAAUAUACGAUAUUCAGCGCUAGAGCUAAACUGUUCAGAUUUGUCGAUAAGCAAUGGAAAGAGAGAGGCCUUGGUGAAAUGAAAUUACUCAAACAUAAGAUUACAGGAAAAGUCCGAGUUCUGAUGAGACGAGAACAAGUGCAUAAAAUAUGUGCCAAUCAUAUAAUUACUUCAGAAAUGGAAAUAAAGCAAAUGAAGAAUGAGACUAAAGCAUACUUUUGGGUUGCUAACGAUUUUGCAGAUGAAACUGUGGUCUUAGAAAAGUUCUGCAUUCGUUUUAAAACUGCUGAUAUAGCUCAAGAUUUCUAUAAUGCCUUUGAAAAAGCUAGACAAGAAUCUUCACUAAAUAAAACUUUGAGCCCAGUAGCACCGAAAAGUGAAGCUCCUAAAUUAUCAGAAACCACUGUGAGCUCUAGCCCACUUACUACACCUGUUAAAAGUAAUACUGUUCAACCUGCAGUGUCUUCAGCAAAGGCAGUGGUUGGAGGAUUUACAUUCAGCAGCACACCAACAUUCAAAUCUGUUUCUGAUGAUGCCAAGGAAGAAACAAAAUCGCAAGAAGUUGCUACUACUAAGGUUAAUGUAUUUAGUGGAUUAUCAUUUAAAACUACAACAACUUCUCCAUUUAGCAAUUUGUUUGGAAAAACAACUUCCUCUGAUAUAGCCAGCUCUGAUAGCACCGAGCCGGCGGCAUCUGCUAACUUAAAUACUUCAGACCAAGUUGAAGAGUAUGAACCAAAUGUUGAAUUCAAGCCUGUAGUACCGUUGCCUGCCUUAGUUGACCAGAAGACUGGUGAAGAGGAUGAAAAUGUACUAUUUGAGCAUCGCGCCAAACUGUUAAGAUUUGAUGCUUCUGUAAAAGAAUGGAAAGAACGAGGCCUGGGUAAUAUUAAAUUACUUGUUCAGAAAGAUAAUGUUCAAAAAGUAAGACUUCUCAUGAGACGUGAACAGAUAAUGAAGGUAUGUUGUAAUCAUGCCCUUACCAAUGAAAUGGUUUUCCAAAAAAUGCCCAACUUAGAUAAAGCAGUUACUUGGUGUGCUAAAGACUUUUCUGAAGGUGAAUUAGUUGCCGAGACAUUCUGCUUAAGAUUUAAAACUGUGCAGUUGUGUGAUGACUUUAUUGAGGCUGUUAAGUCUGCACAAUCAAAAAUGAAGGAUGAAUCUAAGGCAGCUAAAGAAGAAAAGAAUGCUGCAAAACAAAAUAAUCAAACUGGAUUUGGUGAAAUGUUCAAACCUAAAGCUGGAUCAUGGCACUGCGAUGCAUGCUACACAAACAAUUUAGAAAGUUUCUCCAAGUGUGCCUGUUGUGAAACACCUAAGCCAAACAGCUCCAAUGGCAGUUCUGGGCCUGCAACCGCUACUACAACUACUGAAAAGCCAACAGCAACUGUAGGCUGGGGUGACAAAUUCAAGCCCAAGGCAGGUAGUUGGGAAUGCAAGGAUUGUUUAGUUCGAAACGAACCUAAUUUGGAAAAUUGUAGUGCAUGUAACAGUCCUAAAGAUCCAACAAAAGCGAAGACGACUGUUAAACUCACAUCUGACAAUGCACCUAAAUUCAAUUUUGGUAUACCUAAAGCAACUACUGAAGAAAAACCCACUUCAAUAUUGCCAGUUACUAGUACGCCAUUGCCAGAUAGCACAACUGGAACUGGAAUGUUCAAACCUAAUCCACCCAGCGUAGAACCUAAUAAUAAAACAUCUAUUUUUGGUAUCUCUGCACCAACACAAUUCCGUUUUGGUAUUCCACCUGCAACUACUGAUCCAAAGACAAGCGCAUCUAUUUUUGAUGGGACUGGUGGACACAAAUUUAGUUUUGGUGUACCAAAUAAUAACCAAGACACGACAUCGAGUCCUGUUACCUUUGGAGAUCAGAAACCUUCAACUAAUAAUAUUGUGCUCGAUGCACCUAAGAGUUCUAAUGGUCAGGCUGUCGACUUUACUUUCAAAAAGAAUGAAGAACCAAGUAAUCCAGUAAAGCCAGCACUACUUCCAACACCAUCAACUGAUAAUUCUUCUAAUUUAUCAUUUGGGUUUAAAGAGAGUAGCACGUUUGGUUUCGUAUUCAAACCAAAAACUCCAACCAAGGCUAAAAGCCCAGCUAAGUCGCCACAUGGUCAAGGAGAUGGUGAUGAGAGUGAUGGUAACGAGUAUGCAGUAGAAGACGAAUGCUACCAUCCCUUCACUCCUGUGAUUCCGCUGCCUGAUAAGGUUGAAGUUGUAACUGGUGAAGAAAAUGAAAUCGAACUUUAUGGACAACUAGCAAAACUAUAUAGGUUUUUAUCAGGCGAAUGGAAAGAAAGAGGGAAAGGAAUCGUCAAAAUACUGAAGCACAAGGAUACUGGAAAAUUGAGGGUCGUAAUGCGAAGGGACCAGGUCUUUAAAAUAUGUUUAAAUCAUGCUUUGACAUCUGAAAUAAUUUAUAAUGUAAAAGAUGAAAAAUCUUGGCAAUUUGUUGUUAAUGACUUUACUGAAGGGGAACUGAACUUAGAACAUUUCUGUCUGAGAUUCAAAAAUAAAGAAAUUGCAUUAGAAUUUAAAAAUGCCAUUGAUGAUGCGUUACAAGGAAAACUAGUCAAAAAGGCAGAGGCUACCGAUAAAAAGGAAAAAGAUGAAAGUGAUGAUGUUGUAUUUGUUAGUGAAAUACAAGCCACUUCUGAAGAAAAACAAAAAGCUAAGGCACUGAUGCUCCCUGAAAACUUCUUUACUUAUAAGAGUAAAGAGCCAUGCCAAGGAUGUCGUGGAUGCAAUGACAGUGAAGAGUCAACCGGAUCAAAAACAUCGCAGUUGUCAGCAACAACAAGUGACGCUAAUGUGGCGACAUCAACUAAUGAAUCAUCCACUUCUACUGCUGAACAAAAGCCUGCCACUCUUGCAGGUACAUUGAAAGCAUCUCUGACUAAUGCCAGCACACCUGUGAAAACCACGUCACCUCUCUUCCAAAGUCCUACUAAUUCUGUUUAUGGUACUCCUACUAAUUUUGAAAAGACUAUUGAUACUUCUAUAUUCCGCACACCUCUUGGUUCACUUGCAUCUAAUGCUAAAACACCAACGUCGACAUCUUCUCUAAGCAGUUUUGAUAAUAAUGCUACCAACAAAGAAAACACUUUCAAUCAGAAACCUAGUAUAUUCGGAGGAUUUGGAGAACAGACCAUGUUAUUUGGUGCUCCCCAAAACAAAACUACGUCUAUAUUUGGCAGUGGCGAUUCUCAAUCGGCAGCGGGCUCUAAGAAUUCCCUCCUAGCUCCACCAAAGCUCAAUAUUCUAAAUACGUCGAAGGAAAAUCAAAAUGAGGGCAACACCAAUAUCAGUACAGCACCAUCUAAAUUUACUUUUAGUGAUACAAAACAAACAGCGCCGCCUACGAAUAGUACCGCCGAUACGGGAAUGUCUUUUAAUAGAUCUAUUUUAGAUUUCUCAGCUGCUAAUGCGAAAACAGAAAAUCAGAAUAGUGGUGUCAAAUCUAUAUUUGGAGAUGAUAAUAAAUCUGAAAACAUAUUUACGAGUGUUAAACAAGGAGGUCUAUUUGGAUCGGGUGGCCUAGCAGGCUCGCAACCUAAAACUGGUCCUGGAAUAUUUGGAUCAGCUGGCAUGUCGGCAUUUGGUUCCAUUUCUUCUCAAAAUUCGAUAUUUGGAAGUGGAAAGCCCUUAUUCGGAACACCAAACCAAACGUCUGUAUUAGGUACAGUUGCAAAACCUGAGCAGAAUAAAGAAGAUACAGCGACUAAAGCUGUAAUUGGUGACAACAAAACUAAAGAAAUUGUUUCGGAACAACCUGAAAAGAAGGAAGCACCGCUUAAAGUUGACAACAGUUUAACAUUUGCUGCACUGUCAUCUGGAACUGGACCUGGAUUUAACAUUAAAACUGCUCAAAAACAAACGGACUUCAAAUGGGAGGGAGCAGGCCAACAACUGUUUGUCGCAAAGCCUGCAAAAGAUUCAGGGGACAAGAACAACGAGAGUGGAGCGGGCGAUGACAGCGUGGGUGCCGGAGAUGAGGAGUACGACCCGCACUACGAGCCUAUCGUACCUCUGCCCGACAAGAUUGUGGUCACCACUGGAGAGGAGGAUGAGGAAAAAAUGUUUGGAGAGCGAUGCAAAUUGUUCCGUUACGACGAGAAGUCCCGAGAAUGGAAGGAGCGAGGCGUAGGCGAAAUGAAAGUGCUAUACCAUCCAACCAGGAAGACUUACAGACUUCUACUUCGUCGUGAACAGGUACACAAAGCUGUGCUCAACAUGCUGCUAUAUAUGGACUUAGAGCUGCUACAGAUGAAGAAUUCGGACCGCGCGUGGACGUGGGCAGGCCGCAACUUCGCGGAAAACCCGGCUGGCGAGCAGGAGACACUUGCAGUCCGCUUCAAGUCCGUUGAUCUGGCCACCUCCUUUCACGAUAAAGUCGUUGAAUGUGUUAGGAAAUUACAAGCGUCUGCCGCCCAAGCGGUAAGAGAAGAGAAAGAAGCAGAAAGCAAUGCGGCACCAUUAAGGUUACCCAAACAUUUACAAGAGAGUGCGCGCGCAGACAACGCCAUUACAGCUGAAGUGAUCCAGAGGACGUCUGUGACGUCAGCCGAGCAGGAGGCCGACUCUACCGGCGAUGAUACAGGCGUCACCGAGGUGUUCAAACAGGUGCACUUCCAGGAAUCGGAGGAAGACCAUGAUGAUGAAGAGGAGGAUUAUGACUAUGAUGGAUACUAUAAUGAGGACGAGGAAGAGUCAGCAGCGUACUACUCGUGCGACGGAGAGGCGAUAGUGCGCCAGGGCAACAAUGAAACGACCUGCUCUAACGCACACAUACAAGUACUGUUUGACCAGGAGAUCUACUCGCCAAAGAUUCUCGUUACGGACGCUGCUUCCGGGGAAAUACUUGCAGAUAUGCUCAUAUACACAGAUACUGAGUUCCAGAUGAGCGGCGACACGUGCGUAUGGUCGGGCACGGAUUACACCAGCAACGACCCCGUCGACAAGACGGUCACCGUCAACUUCUACGACAGCGAGACGGCCAUGCAGUUCUAUGAUAGUUGUGAGACGAGUAAAGCCGCCACGUACGCGUCUACUGAUCCAGAGUCUUAGGAAUAUUAUUUAACGCCUAAAUAAGUAUUUUAACUUCAAUUGUAGAUUAAAUUUCGUAUUUGAUUUAGUUAGUAAGUGUGUAGACCGGUUUUUACAAUAUGUUUAUUACGAAGUUAUUUUAUAAAGUCUAGGCGACUAUAAAUUGAUACUUUUUGUUUGUUGAGAGUCCAAUUUUGUUACCUGUUUUUAUUAUUGCUCUUUAGAUCUCAUAAAACCUAAAAGCGUUUUUAUAACUUUUAUCAUAGAAACGAAUUAGCCAGUGAAACAAUUAUGACAUUAACAUUAUUAUCAAUGCUAGACAAACGAUGGUAGCAACAAGCUUACACAUCUACAACUGUUGCUAAAUAAACAUUACCUGAAAUACAUUGAUUGCCGUGCAUGUGUAGUUUCAUCCAACUAUUUGACAGAAGCCAUUUGAUUUGUAUAAGUGCUUAGUAAAUAUGUAUUUUAAUCGUACUAUCAAAAUAUGCAAGUGUAUUGUAAUAUAGGACAGAAAGAGAUCUAACCAACACUUGUUGACAUUUUGAAUGUAAAUGAUCACAUUGUUUGACGUCGUGUAUAAUUAUGUAAUGAUAUUGAAGCGAAUGUUCCUAAUUGGUUAGGUCUUUUUGGGCGUCACGAUGGAGUUGCGACUGAUUGAGACUGCUUGUUUAAAUGAAAUGUAUCACUCGUAGCUCCAUGUUUGUUAACAGGGCAUACUUGAUUCAUAAAGUUUUCACAUCUUUAUAAUAUUGUUAUUUACUGUAAUUAACUUUGUGAACAAAUUAUUACAAUUAUGAUCCAAUCCAUGUGAUGAUAUUAUAAAUGUUUGUGAAUUUCUAGAAUGCAGGUUUUAAAAUAUUGUUUUUAAAUGAGAAAAGGAUUAAUUUGUUUAUAGUGAUAUUGUUAUUUUACUUAAUAAUUAAUGAAAAGUGAUACCUUUGAAAGGGUUGUACAUUUCCUUUUCUCAUUUAAACUGUGAUCUUAUUAUUAAACGUAAUAUCUGAUGAAUCAAGUGUAAUAAAUAAGUGAUUGAAAAUUA